CAUAUAUGAAACAACUGAGGCCUCCGGCAGCAAUGGUGGCGUUAAUUAUUUGGUGGAGUUGGAGUUGGAGUUGGACGUAGAAAACCCCUUUGUGUGGCCAUCAUCAAGGAUUCUCUGAAAUUUCAGGGUUUUUCUUGUUCCAUUUCCUUUAUUCAAGUUCGUCCACAUUUUGAGUUGCAGAAAAUCAAAUAUGGCGGACAGCCUCUGGAACCGUCAGCGGCAACUGCUUCCUUCCGGUGGUGAUAAACGACCCCGUUCUGACUACGACCUCCCAACGUCUGGUCUGUAUUCAGGUCAUGAGAUGCGUAGCUAUUUAGCACGGGAUGAUGAUCUUGGUGGUCCUAGGGCUGUAAAGGAUACAAAAUCAAUUGGAUCAGCAUAUGACCGUUAUCUUCAAAAUGGGCAAGUGUCUUCAGAUACCAUGGUUGGAGUUGCAUUGGGGAGGCCUGUCAGUGGUGGAAUGGCUGAUCAUUCUAUGAUUGGUCGCCCUGGGGCUGUUGCUUCGGAUUUUAUUAGUAGUCGAAAUAUUCAUCUUGCUCAGCUCCCAGUGGAUGCAAUGCCUAGACUAGCACCUGGACGUGAAACAGCUCCUUUACCCCCAGAUGCUACCAACACUUUAUACAUUGAAGGACUUCCUCCUGACAGCACGAGGAGGGAAGUAGCUCGUAUCCUUUAUGAUGUUUUCAUACUGUGUGAGAAUUAUAUUUUUCGCCCCUUUGUGGGAUAUAAAGAAGUGAGGCUUGUGAGCAAAGAGUCCAAACUUCGUGGUGGUGAUCCCCUUAUCCUUUGUUUUGUGGAUUUUGUAAAUCCAGCCUGUGCUGCAACUGCCAUGAGUGCUUUGCAAGGUUAUAAAAUGGAUGAACACAAUCCUGAUUCUAACUACUUGCGGCUGCAGUUUUCUCGAUUGCCAGGUCCAAGGUCUGGACAUGGAACCCGUAGUAAGAGAUGAAUAGGCUUUAGGUCAUGAGACACAUCUAUAUAGAAGCAAUGAAGAUUGCAUGUAGACAUAUAGGUUUGACAUAUGGUCCGUUCUGGAGUUCUGGAGUGGCUGUUUUACAUUGUACACAAUAAAGCUUGGGCACACAUGAAACCGUAAGCACUCGAGAUGCACAUUGUAGCAUCUAAGCAGUGAAACCAGGAGUAAUUUCAUAGAGAAGAACUUAUACCAGAUAGGAAAGGUCUCUUAUUUUUACUGGUUUUCUUUCUCUUGUAAACAUUAUAGCGUUUGAGUUCUAACAAUCAUAGAUUUGCAAUGGCUUGUGCCUUCUGUGUUGGAGAUGCAUAUUAACUUAUUAAGAAGGGACCCCCUCCCCCAGUUGGGAAGAAACAGAUUGAUUGAAUAGGAAAAUAGUUCAGUGGAUUAACUCAAUGACAUGCAUGGAGUUCU